AUGGCUUGGGUCAGUUGGAGGAAAAUGUGCAAGUCAAAGUCAGAAGGCGGAAUGGGCUUUCGCAACCUGCAAGCCUUCAAUCUAGCAAUGCUAGCGAAGCAGGCAUGGUGCAUCCUAAUCAACCCAAACUCAUUGAUUGCUAGGAUUUACAAGGCCAAGUACUUACCCUAUAGUGACAUGUUGGGUGCAAAGCUUGGAUGCAACCCCUCUUAUGCUUGGAGAAGCAUCUAUAACAGCUUGGAGGUUAUUAAUAGGGGUAUAAGAUGGCGGGUUGGAAAUGGUAAGAUGAUUCAUAUCUGGGAAGACAAGUGGCUACCUACUCCCAUAACCUACAAGUUUUGCUCCCCCAACAAGAUAUUGGUGAUUUCCCAAUGGUGUCAUCGCUAA